AACUGCCUGUGUGCGGUUAACUCUGCUCUUUUUGCUUGCAGGAAGAGACUCAAUGCUUCACGGGAAGUAGACCCAGUAGAGCUCCCGAACUGCCAGCUCAUUAAAGGCAUUGAAAGGGGUUCAGAAGACAUCGACAUUCUCCCUAACGGGCUGGCCUUCAUCAGCUCCGGUUUGAAAUAUCCAGGAAUGCACAGCUUUGUACCAGACAAGCCAGGUGAAAUAUUUUUGAUGGAUUUGAAUGAAGAAAAUCCAAGAGCAGUUGAACUGCGAAUCAGCCGUGGGUUUGAUCUGGCAUCGUUUAGCCCUCAUGGGAUGAGCACUUAUGUAGAUGAAGAUGACUCUGUGUACCUCUUUGUUGUGAAUCAUCCGCAUCAGAAGAGCACAGUAGAAGUGUUUAAAUUUUCAGAAGAUGACAAUUCUCUUGUACACCUGAAAACCGUUCGACAUGACCUUCUGUCAAGUGUGAAUGAUAUAGUAGCUGUGGGACCAGACAGCUUCUAUGCAACCAAUGACCACUACUUCUUUGACUUCAUCUUGAUAUUCUUGGAGAUGUUCUUGGGUUUAACUUGGUCAAAUGUUGUUUACUACAGUCCACAAGAAGUUAAAGAAGUAGCAGCUGGGUUUUAUUCAGCCAAUGGAAUUAAUAUGUCACCCGAUGGAAAGUACAUAUAUGUUGCAGAUAUAUUUGAUCAUAAUGUCCAUGUUAUGGAAAAACAUGCUAACUGGAAUUUAACCCAUGUGAAGACGCUGCAGUUGGAUACUCUUCUCGAUAACUUAUCUAUUGAUCCUCACACUGGAGACAUCUGGACGGGAUGUCAUCCCAAUGGGAUGAAGCUGAUCUACUACAGUCCUGAAAAUCUCCCUGCCUCUGAGGUGCUUCGUAUCCAGAACAUCCUCUCGGAGAAGCCUACGGUGACGCGCGUGUACGCCGACAACGGCUCAGUGCUGCAAGGGAGCUCAGUGGCGGCGGUCUACGAGGGAAAGCUGUUGAUUGGCACAGUGUUUCACAGAGCGCUGUACUGCAAGCUAUAGCCUGGUUCAGGUGAGAUUUGUUGCAGCGGAAAGGGUUUAAUUCCAUGCGAACUCACUUAGUUUCUGCUAAAUUUGCUAAUUACAAGACUCUUCCAAUAAACGUUAACCAGAGCCAUGGAAAUGUAUUUUAGCCUUCCUCUCCAAAAGGGAAAUGAGUUUUAUGCAAUAGUAAAGGAAAUAAUAGAAUUUAAGGUGAGACAUUAGAGCUUCUUUCUUUAAGGUGGAUGACCCACUGUCAGAAACAAAGGGUAAACUUGAAGUUCAAAUUGCGAUUACAAAUAGCUGAAACUGUCAGACUUGGAAUUAUCCACUGUGACUGGAUCUCUGCUUUUUUUUUUUUUUCUUGGAGAAAAUUGGUUUUCUACAUGAGAAUUGCUAACUGCACGUCUGAUGCCCUUUCCUGUCUCUGAUGCUUGGGCUUUCCCAAGGAUUGUGCCAGGGGUUCUUUUUCUAAACCUUCCUGCCAGCUUCCCUUAACGCUGCAGGACACAGUGGAAGGAGAAUUAAUGUUAUUUCAGUCCCAUUUCUUUUCGCUCCCCUUUUAAAGCCAUUAAAAUAGCUUACAUUUAAGUGUUUUAAAAGAUUAAAGAUGUUAGUUUAGUUUCAUAAACCUUUCUGAAGAGGAAGAAUCAUUUUGGGAAUGAUUUCUGAAUAAGUCUUCCAAAGGGAGUUUAAAAAAGCCUUUUUAUCUUGAAGGGUGGGAAGCACCUCCCGAAUAUCUUCAGUGAAAAGCGUAUUAGCAAUUAUUGUGCUCUGUUGCAGCAAGGGGAACGUCUGUGGGUGCUUUGCUGCAGUGACUACCUGCGCGUGUGGUUCAUGCGCCUUCAGUGUCUAAUUUCAACUCUGUAUGGAGCUGAUUGCAGCUGUGUUUCUGUGCAGAAAGCGUCUAAUUCACGUCACCUUUAUGCCUAGGGAGUUACUGGUAACACUGUAUUGUAUAGCGUUAAAAGACCUAUCCAGGUUUCCAUCAAAUGUUAUUUUUACAAUGGUGUCAGUUAGUAUCACUGCCAAUAAACUGACUUAAGUGUCCUUCCAAGUUGGAAGUCAGGGUUGUGCUUCACAGCAUGACGCUGGUCUUGCAGGAACCUCUGCUUUAACUACACUUAAUUUUGUGCCUGUGGAGCGAGUGCCUCCUUCAUGAGGAUGGGUGUCCUCACUGCAGGGCAGUCCCUGCGGCUCUUUCUGUCCUCCCGCCGCAGACCCCUGUUCCGGUUUCGUGCAAGAUGUUGACUUGCAGCAAACGGUGCUGUAUGACCCGUGCCUGCUCUGGCGCCGGGGGUGUUGCUGCGCUUCCUGCGAGUGCUGGUGCCGUCGCUCCUUGCCGGCUCGGCUCAGCCUCUGACCAGUUUUACCAGCCAGAGUGCCCCACGUGCCGGUAGUUUCUCCUUCUGGGGAGGCAGGCUGUGAAACCCGCUGUGUUGCAGAGCUAGUGCAGCCCUCAGCUGAUUCGGGAGGGUAUUUCCUCGCUGCUAUUCUUGCACCGCUGCGUGGAGAAGAAAAGGCAGGCUGGGCAUGCAAGUGCAGACUCAGGCGCUGAAAGAGCUAGUCCCUGGGUGCUCCUUGCUAGUCUGGCUUUGCUGUUGCCUGCUGCAGCCUGCUUCCCCACCAGCCGCCGCCGCUGCCGCCAAGCUGGCGAGCGCUGUGCGGGGAGGUCGGUAGGCCCAAAACAUGGGACCUCUUCUGAGAUGAUAGUGCAAAUAAUCUGGUCUGUAGCAGCCCCAACACCAAGGUGGGACCCAGUGUAUGAGCUAGCCUUUGCCUGUCUUCGGGUUUUGCAGUCCUGGCUGAGAGGAAGCGCUGCUGUGGGAUGAGAGUUGGGUAGGCCGUGGCCGUGAGCAGUACGGCUGGGUGCUGACAGCUCCUGGCUCCUGUGCCUUUCCUUGCCAAGACAGUCAACCUAAUACCUUUCACCCCCUGCUAUAAACAUAACCCAUGGAGUUGCUGUUCCUUCUUGGAGGCAAGCAGGGCAACGCUACAGAGCGCAGAGGCUGCGCUCAGGAUUGGGCUUAUGGGAGUGCUGUUCCCUGUCCUCCGCAGAGCUGCCCUGGGUGGUACUGCAUUGCCUGGUGCGCCCCGAGGACGUCUGCUGCAGGCUUAGCCAGCAGAGAGGCUCUUGUCUAAGGCAUGCUGCUGAGUGCAAGACGUUGUGUGGGGCGUGAGCACAGGGCUGCUGCCGCCAGGCCAGCGUGGUGGCUUGCUGCUGUGCCCUGCCUCACGCCGGGGCUUCCCAGCCCUGCAGCAAGAGCAGUUGCCUGGAUUCGUGGUGUUUGGUAUGCAAACAGCACAUGCUGCAAGGGUCUAGUGAUGGCUAGCAGGGGAAACCUGAGCUUUAGCAGUGAAGCUAGCUAAGCAAACUGCCUCGUCUCUUGGGCAUGAGUUGGUCUCUGCAGAACCUGUGGUCUUUGCUCCUCUCCAGAAAUGGCUGUAGCUGAAUUUGGGGACCCAGCUGUUUGCCCAGCACGUCCCAAGGCUUGCUGUCUGCCUUGGGAGGCUUGGGUGACCAGGGACUCGUGCAUUUGGCGCACAGACACGAGCUUUUUGCUAACCAACAGCAUGUAGCCAGCUGAGCGAACCCUUCCCUGCAGUAGUACAGAGCUGGCCCCGCAUAAGGCUGGCUUUUGUCUCCUCCCUUUGCCAGACUUGGCUUUGGUAUCAGUCCACUGUACCAUGGACUCAAGAAUGUAAUUUACAGUAACUCUGACUUUGUUUCUUCUUCCCUAGCAACUUCUCUCCCUACAGGGCAUUUUCUUCACCUUCCCUGGGAAGCAGCCUGCUUUCCUAGAGGAAGCUGUGAGCCAUUUUCAGUACUGAGGAACACCCCGUUUUCAGAGCUUACGUAGCAAAUAUUCUAACAUUGUUCUGAGGGAAGUUCUCAAAAUAUAGGGAGGCUGGGAUAUUAAUUUAUUUGUGAUUAGCUAAAAAGCUUGUGUGGUAGCAUUUUUUAAUAAUUAUUUUAGGCUUGUGACACUAUUUGUUCUGAAAUGAAGUGCCAUAUUCUAAAGAGUUAACAUCUUAAAGGCAUGGUAGCGAGACAGCUAAAACACUGACCGGUUUCCUUUGUGGUUGUGUAAGUGUAAUAAUCAGUGUUUGCCUCAGCAUUGUUAAAAGUAACGGAUGGAAAAUUUAAUUUUACAUUUUCCAGUAACCUUCUGAUGAGUAAAUCUACAAGUUGUUGGGUUUUUGUCAAACUUCUCCCACUUUUUAAAUUGUUUCUGGCCAUUCAGAAAAUAAAGAAUGUGUUCAUUUGUGACUGGC